AUGGCUCCUGACAGUGAGUGGGUUCUGCUAAAGGACCAUAAUGGGAAAGAAGUCUUCUGGGGCGGGGGCGGGGCGGGGCGGGGCGGGGCGGGGGCGGAGAAACAGCCCAAGCGGAGCGGCCAGGAGGCAGCCGCCCGCACUAGCGCCCUGGACCUGGUACGGGUGCUGAGCAGGAGCAUGGGUGGAUGCGAGAGCUUUGGCUGCUGCGGGGUCGCUGGCGCGGGCGGGACGAAUGUGGCAGCGGAAGAGCACCGAUUUUCCUCCAGCGUCUCGGGCUCCCUGCAGCAGGAAACCAAGUAUCUUUUACCAAGUCUGGGAAAAGAAUUAUUCUUGGCAGAGCCCCGUGAUCUUGAAGAAGGUGGACUGGAUCUGACUGUCUCGUUAAAACCUGUUAGUUUCUAUAUAUCAGACAAAAAGGAAAUGCUGCAGCAGUGCUUCUAUAUAAUAGGAGAGCAGAAGUUACAGAAGAUGCUCCCUGAUGUGCUGAAGCAAGGUACCGGUGUGGAUUCUACUUCAACCCUGAGAGAGAACAAACCACCAGAAGGUUUGGAAUCAAAACAAGAAGGGGAAGAUAGUGAUGUACUCAGUAUAAACGCAGAUGCUUAUGACAGCGAUAUAGAAGGCCCAAGCAAUGAAGAAGCUGCCGCCUCGGCCACCGCCGCCCCUGCUGCUACUGCUGUUGCUACUGCUGCUUCUGCUUCUGAGGUCCCAGGAAGUACAGUCCAGAGUGAAGCUGCUCAGAUAGGUGACCUGGAGUGAGAUAUUGAAAACAGUGUGAAUGAGAUUUUGGGACUGGUAGAGUCUAGCCCAAAGGAACCCAAAGUGGCCAUCCUGACGGUUCCUCCACCAGAAGAUGUUCAGCCAUCUGCACAGCAACUGGAACUUCUAGAACUUGAAAUGAGGGCAAGAGCGAUUAAGGCUCUCAUGAAAGCUGGCGAUAUAAAAAAGCCAGGCUAGUUUUCUGACUUGAAUAUUACGUGUGUUUGAAUGAAGCCAUGUCAACUAAUUUUGUAUCUGAUGUUUAUCUGGGUAUCAUGUGAUAUUUCUCAUGUAAAACUUAUUAGGUAAACUCAUCUUAGGCUGAAAUAUAUUUUUUACUUUUAUAUUAUAGAUUAUAGAUGAAUAUUUAAAUUCAUGACAAAUAUAGUUGGAUACCCUGGAUAUUUCUUUUAGUUAAUGUCUGUAAAUUGGUAUCUUAGAAGCCAACAGGAAGGAGACAACAUUUUUCCUUUGUUUUUAAAAGUUUGGGCAACAAACUCAAAAGCUUUAAGAAAGAUUGAUGAAGCAUGUUUCUCUUAAGGCUACCUGUAUUUUUCAAUAGAAUAUUAAAUUAUUGCUCCUAGAUUUGUUAGCAGUUUAAGAACUUUAUUUAGUUUUGUGUAUAUAUACUUUUAACAUAUGAACUGAUGGAGGAUGCCUCUUUGUGGAUGUGAGUUUCCUAGUUAAAACUAACGGACUGUUUUGUUGUCAGGCUCAGAGAUCGAACUUACUUUAAAAGCUUUUUUAAUCAAGAAAAAAAUCAACUUAAGGCUAUUUCUUUAACAAUGUACAGUUAAUUUGUUCAUGUUAAAUUCCAACAACAAGCCAUUCUGACAAAUGUUUGGUCUAUUGUUCACAUUUUUUUCCUUCAAUAAAACAAACAAAAAAAACCCCCAAAUUUUCAUUUACACUCCAACCUAUCAGGAAAGGGAUAAUAUGAUACAGGGUUUCGUUUCAUGUCAUUGUUAGAUGAUCUGAUAUAUUGUUCCAUAAAUCAAGAUAAUAAAAGGCUGUUAUUCUGGA